AUUACGGCGGUUCGCCCCAUUUUUAUUAUUUUUUUUCCCUAGUAGAUUAUCGAGACAAAGUGACGUUUGUUCCCCAACCUCGCUAGGUUUACGGAAACGGUUUGGUUCGAGAAGGUUCCGAAGGCGGGCGACGGUCGGCACCGAUGAGCCGCGUGCGCGUGUGCUGUCACGCAGAUGGGGGCCGACGGCAGCAAGAAGAGGCCGGUUGAUGGGCGGAAGGAUGAGCCCCUGUCGUCAGGCUGGCGUGGCUUCUUGUCCAGCAUGAGCCUGUCGCUGCCAGCCGCCCUGUGCCGCCUGGCGCCGCCCGCCCUGCGCCUGGGUCGGCAGCGCAUGCUGCAAGGGAGGGCGCCUGACAUCCCCGAGCACGUCCUGAGGCUGGCGGGCGUGAGCCCCGACAAACUGAGAUCCGAGUGGAGUCUGCCCGGCUUCGUCACCAUGUUCCUACCGGAGUUCCCUCACAGGACCGUGCCGGGACAAGAACACUUUCAGGUGUUAGGUUACAUUGCCAAAGGCUCUUUUGGACCCAUCCUGAAAGUGAAGGACAGGACCAAACAGAGAACAUACGCCGUCAAGGUGAUACCCAAGUCUGAGAUCCUCCGACUGGGCGUCCUGGAGCAAUCUAAAGAAGAGGUUAUAGUUCAGCGUCAGAUUCGCCACCCGUUUGUCCAUGACCUGCAGGACUGUUGGCAGACGCAACGUCACCUCUACAUUAUGUGCGACUACUGCGGCACCGGCGACCUGUACACCUACUGGCAGAUGAUCGGACUCUUCUCAGAGGACACGGUGCGGGUGUUUGCCGCCGAGCUGGGCUGCGCGCUGGGAUUUCUUCACGACUUUGGUAUCAUCCACAGAGACGUGAAGAUGGAGAACAUCCUGCUGACAGACAACGGACACCUCCGCCUGGCCGACUUUGGUUUGUCCCGCCGCCUGGAGCGAGGAGGGCGGGCUUUUACCAUCUGCGGUACUAUCCAGUACAUGGCCCCCGAGGUGCUGAGCGGUGGUCCCUACAACCACUCUGCUGAUUGGUGGUCACUGGGAAUCCUGCUCUUCUCAUUGGCUACCGGCAAGUUUCCCCUGCCUCCAGAGCCGGACCACUGCGGCAUGCUGAGGAGGGUGCGGUCUUUCCCCUACGAAAUGCCCCUCAUCCUGAGCCCCCCUCUGGCCAUGCUCAUCACAGAGCUGCUGUGCAAAAUGCCUGCCCGCCGACUUCGCACCCUGGAUCGCUUCCAACGCCAGACCUUCUUCCGUGGGCUCAGUUUUGACCAAAACCUGCUGCAGCGCCACCCUGUGGAGGUGAUUCUGGAGCUGAGGGAGCGACCCGACCGCGCCGCCAAAGCCCGCCGAGGCCUCACACUGUCACUGCAGCCGCUCAAAGGCUUUGAAUACGACUCAUUACUUAGCCCGCCAUACACACCCGACGUGCAGCAGCAGGAAGCGGGCCCACGCAGGGAGGUGUUUGUUUAACGUAUAAACGCCACCAAACAGGACAGCUUGUGUCAGUACGGUACAGAUUUUCCAAAGUUUCCAUUUACUAAAUGGCUGGUCCAUACCUAAAAUAGCCACAUGUCAAGAAGAAACAUGUAGUUGUUUACUGUGGCCUUCCACUACACACACUGUCAGGUUUACCCUUUCACACUGUACUGUGCUGAAUGGGAUCGAGGACCUGAUCAGCAAAAAAAAUCAUAAGGACCUCCAGGACUCAUGCCUAAAACUGAACAGUUAGUUGGACAUUUUAGAGUAAAUUCCAAGGCUCUUAUUUUGAUAAACCCUAGUAGGGAAUUGGCCCAAAUCAGCCGUAAAUUAAUCUUCUUUUUGGAGGCCUCAACAUGCCUGAAAACUUACAAAUUCUUGCAAAUGCGUGAAUCCUUGUGAAAAAAUAUAUUGGGGGUUCCGAAUACAAAAUGCGGAAAGUCACUGUGUUGCACUAGUGGAACCAAUCAACAUGCACGUAUACAGCCGUUGCAGGACACAAGAAAAAAUUAACUAGGAAUUUAACAAUUUUGGUCAGAAAACGCCAUUUUUGUGUGAAAUUAAGGGUCAUGCUUUGACAAAACGGAAGUACAUACCCUUGAUGAACGGGCAACACUAAAUUGUGAAGUUUUCCAUCUACGCCAUCAAGUAUGGCUGAAGUGUGGACUGACAAGAUAUAUUUUAUAGUCUUUCUAUACCUUAUGUACUGAGCACUACAUUUGUUUUACCCCGAAAGAGCACCAUUCUACACCUUUUGUGUUUGCAGACCAAGAAAUGUUAUCAUUUAUGGACUUGAACAUUGCCUGCCAAUAUGCCACAACUGUUAUCGUGCACAGAAAGGUCAAUCUAGCUAAAGACAAUGCGCCCUGUUCCAUUUUUUUUGUGUAAUCACUUGUGCAAAGAAACCCUUUUUCCUGAAUGACAUUGACUUUACAUGUACUGGUACCACUGUAGAAACAUUACAACUUCACCUCAGCGUUUUGAUGGAUACAGAGCUUUUUCUAUUGUCGCCAUACAGUAUGUUCCAAUGUACCCAAAUGCCUCACGAGUGAUCCUGACUUAUGUCGUUAGUUAUGGGAAUGCUUAUUUAUACAUAUAUUUAUAUAUAUGUAAAUCCUCUUUAUACAAUUUAUAAGAAUGAUUUGGAUGUUUACAUGUCUUUUUGAAUAUUAAAUGGUCUUA